AUCGCACAAAAGCACAUGCCUCCAAAAGCACGCUACCUCUGAAAAGUAAUAUCAUCUUCUAUUGAAAGCAUUGUGAGCCAUUUAUAACAGUAUCACGUUAUCAAAACCUUGGAUUUAAACUGUUACGAGAGUUAUCAAAAACGUUUCAGUAUACUUUAUAUUGUGAGUCUUUAAAGUUCACGAUGUCCCAGCUAAACCAACUAUAAUAACAAUAGUGGUAUGUCAAGUGUAACAUUGGACUUUAUCUAAAUCACUGAGAGGAUUUAUCUUUCGUUUUUGUCCUAAUAUUAAAGUAUCCAAAAUAAAAAUGGAGUCGAACAAAAAAGUUUCAAUAAAAUUAUUAACGCGGGAGGACAAACAGCAGGCCUUUGAGAAGACACGAGAACAAUUUGACAUACCUGGUGUCAAGUUGGUUUUAAUCACGGAAGAAUACUACGAAAAAGCCUUAGAGUUGUGUAGAGAUUAUUUUGUACCAGAUGAACCACUUAAUAAAGCAUUUGGUCUACAAUAUACAGAGGAAAUGGAAUCUUUCUGGCUGCAAUUUUUAAAACUGCACCUAUCCUUGAUGUUCGUAGAUGAAGAAACUGGAGAACCUAUUGCCUUCAGGACAACAAAUAUUGCUUCUCGUGGUGAAAAAUUGGAUUUGAAUUCAAUAAAGACAAACUCACUCAGGGAGAUAUUACGGUUUAUCUUUUACUGUGACAACGAGGCUGGAUUCUUUGAUUACUAUGGAACUGACGAAGCUUUUAACUUUCUUGGUCUCGUGGUCUCAAGGAAAUACCAGAAACGUGGCUUUGCUACACGAAUUUUUCGUGCAGCUGUAGAUAUGAUCCGCCAUUUUGGUUUUGAUGAAGUUUAUAUCAAAGGUGCAGGAACGUCCAAUUAUUCGAAGAAAAUUUACGAAAAGGAAGGCUUUGAAAUAUUGUAUGAGACGUUUUAUGAUAAUUACGAAGUAGACGGACGCUUUCCCAUCCAGAAUACUGGUGAACAUAAAUCAAUGAAAGAAUACGGAUUUAAGGUUACACAAAAACAAUCAUAGUAUGCCUAGAGUUAAAAAAAAGUGACUUGCGUAGGCAUUCUCCGAAGAUGGACGACUACCAUUUUAAACGUUAUCUACUAAAUGCCACAAGAAAGACUUGCUUGGUAGUCGCCCUUGAAAGGCCCUUUAUAAUAAGAUAAACGAGGUCAAAGGUCAUUUGGUGCAAAAUACUCUAUUUCUUGGUCAUUUAUCGGUGUAGAAUAAAACAAUGGUAUCAAAAGGAAGCCAGGGCUUUGUACAUUUAUCUACAAACACUUAUUCAAAUUUUCUCAUUUAAAUACUUAUAAAUAUUCAUGAAACUUAAAAAAUGGGCAGAUAAUUCGUUAAAACGGAUAUUUACAAAUAAUAUAAAGAUAAAAUAUUCACUAUUUGUGUUUUUAAAUGGAAAACAAUAAGAAGAAUUACAUUUGAAACAUUAUUUUAUACAAAUAUAGUAUAGUUUGUAGCAUUAUUCAUUGUUUUGCAAGAGUAAAUACUGUCAAAAGUGGAUAGGGAAUAUUAAACAUUAAGAAACAAAUAUUACAAAUCUGACAAUAUUUACAUAUCUAACUUUUUGAUACAGAAAAAUGUUUUGAUUUUGGAAUAAUGUUCUUCAUAAAUAUCAAUUAAGAUAUUUUUCAGCUCAUUUGUAUACUCAUGAAUAUUAAUUAAAAUGUAUCAAAUAUGCAUUUAAAACGUUUAUUUAGUACACAUAUAUCUGUUCUUAACCACUUAUAAGAAUCUUACCAGUUUUAUAAAUGUCAAAGUAAAGCUUAUAAAUAUU